AUGGCGCUCCUUCAGACCUCACUGAUAUGGGUUGUAUAUGCAGUUGUCAUUGCAAUCCUAUUGGCGGUAGCUUCGGUGUUCAUCUAUGUUUACCAAACACCUCGCGAUCGUUCUCCGUCUGUAACCCUGACCUGCAUCAUUGCCAUUACCAGUCUUCUGGCCACUGUGCUCUUGCUGCCGGUGGAUGUCGCGCUCAUAUCAUCAACCACGUCAUCCCGCCUAGGCCGGCGGAAAGACUGGGCUACCCAAGAUACAGUUGAUAACAUCACUUUCUCACUGACAAUCAUCUACUACAUAUUGUACUCACUGGAUGCCUUGCUCUGCCUCUUGGUGAUCCCUUUCACCUACUUCUGGUACGAAGAAUAUGAUGAGGUAGCCAGUGAAACAGGGGAGCAAACUGUGGGACAGCGGCUCUGGGGGUCCUUGAAGUACACCUUGUCAUUUGUUGCUAUUGUUGUUAUCCUAUUCCUGGUUGGAUUUUUUGUCCCCGUUUCCAAGGACAAGGUCGGUAUGGACUUGGAUUACUUCAAACGCCUGCUGACAGAGAAUCAUGGUGAGCGUGCUUUGACAUUUGCUUUGGGCCUGCUGAUGACCCUUGGUAUCUGCCUUUAUGUCUUGUAUACUUCAGUGGGGCUUGCUCUGUUUCCCAUUAGCUUGAUCAAGACUGCACCAUCGAUUUCGAGCCCCACUCUGCGGGCUUCCACAGUUCGCCAAUUAGAAGUCAAUCAAGAGCGACAGAGGCAGCUCGAAGGUCGCUGUGGGGGAAAUCCCGAGCUUCUUUCAUCCAAAGAUCGCAGAGAACUAGAUACGCUCACACGAGAGGAGAGAACAUUGAUUAGGCGGCAACGCCUUGUUGACGAAGCUCAGGGAGAAGGUCGGAGUUGGCUGAUGCGAGCAUGGUUCAAGAUUGAGGCCAUAUUCCGCCCUUUCAAAUUGCUGGGAGGCCUGCUUCUCCUGUUGAUUGCCUUUGUUACAUGGGUGUCUAUGUUGUUGACAGCUAUCGACAAGGCAAAGAACUCGGUUUGUAAGCAUCGCUGUGGAUACAUUCUUGGUCAUAUCAAUGUCUUCAACCCAGUCAAUUGGGCACUUGUUCAAUCGGCCAAAGUCUUUCCGGUUGAUUAUGCCAUUUUUUCUGUUCUUGUGCUGCUGCUGUUCUGUAGCUCCGUUGCUGGCAUCUCUGUGGUUGGGAUCCGCUUCCUUUGGAUUCGAAUUUUUCAGAUUCGAAAGGGUCACACGUCACCUCAAGCUCUCCUCUUGGCAACUGCGAUGUUGAUGCUGAUUAUCCUGGCGCUGAAUUACUCUAUUUCCAUGGUCCUCGCUCCACAAUAUGCCACGUUUGGCCCGCAGACUUUCUGUGACCGUGCUCCGAGAACACUGCUAGAGCAGCCGGAUUGCUCUAAUCACAAAGCUCUCAUCAAGCCAUGUUCUGAACUAGCGGAAAAUCCCGCCGCACAACGAGUGUGCACUCCCAGUGUUGUCAGCACCUUUCUCAAUCGUGUCACUCUCAAUUUCCCUUUCUUUGGUGUUGUAUUCUUUUGGGCCCAGUUCUUCUUCCUCGGUCUCUACCUUGUUGUCUUUGUGACAUCUCUCUUCCGAUCACCAAAACUGGAUGAGAGGCAACUUGAUGAAGAUGCCGAGGAAGCCGAAGAAGAGGGUCUCCUCGCUAACACAGGAAGACGAUUUAAUGCAACCUGGCAAGACAUCACUGGCCGGGCCGACCGCAACAGCUCUGGGAAUUAA